UAUGUGGGUAAAAUAUUCUGAGAAGAGAGAAUGGCGGCUGUGGACGAACGGAAAAGUGGGAAAAGUGUAAAAAGCGAGCCGAAAUGGAUACCUGAAAGCGAGAAAGCAGAGAGCUCUGCAGAAAAACUACUGAGAAAAAGCAAAAAGGAACCUUUUGUACCAAUUGGAUUUGCAGGUCUUCUUGCAGCUGUUGGCUAUGGCAUCUAUGGUUAUAAAAACAGAGGACCAAUGAGCACAAGUAGAUACUUGAUGAGACUGAGGGUAAUUGCCCAAAGUUGUGUUGUAGGCUCAAUUUUAGUUGGUGUGACUUAUGCAGCGUUCAAUGACAGCAGUGACAAGAAGGACAAAAAGUGAAGGCUAGAGCAAUGUUAGAUUUUCAGCUUUAGGGCCAUGACUGUUACCUUAUGGAAUGAAAUAUUUGGUGGACAUUUAUCUGGAGCUGGUCUCUUUGUACUCUGAACAAGUAUCAGCAUUAAAAAGAAAGAUUACAUCAGAGAAAGCUAAAUGGCUCAAAUAUGAAUAUUUUUUGUUGGUGAGGAGAAUUUCCUAGAGAGGCAAAAAGUCUUUUCAGAUAUCACACACUUAUAAAUUAGAUUUGCAGUCAUAUGCCAUAAAUUUUAAUAGAAAAUUGUGUAUGUCAAACAUUAUUUAUAUAUAGAAUAUUCAAAUAUAGCAAAGAGGAGAA